AUGCGUCAUUAUCAGGGCCUACUGCGCGGUCCUUGCAAAACGACCAGCCCAACGCGUGGAUCCGACGUUUGGAACCCGGAUAAUGGCGGAGCAGGCUGGCUCAUUGCCCUCCAACUAUUUACUGAUGCGUCAUUAUCAGGGCCUACUGCGCGGUCCUUGCAAAACGACCAGCUCAACGGGCCUACUGCGCGGUCCUUGCAAAACGACCAGCCCAACGGGUGCAUGGAGCGCGUCUCCUUCAGAAAGACCCGGUCCGGUGCAGAAUUUUCCCCAUGGUCAUGCGAGUUAGGCGAUCCCAUCUAUGUAACACGAGAAUUCGAUCUCGACGCUGCGGUCAUGGAAGCAAUGGAGGAAGAAUCUAAGCGCGAAACUGCCAUAGACCAAGAUCCUGACAACGCACUGGCAACCCCCGAAAAGCGGGUUAGAGAGAUCACAAAGGAGGAUUACCACCAGAAUCAGCGUGGAAAACGAAGGAGAAGAGAGAUGAGAGAAGCACAGAGGGAAAAGGCAGACGGUGCAAAGCGCAUCUCAAAGAAAAUUCGAGAGCGGAGCUUGGCUGUGCUUUGUGACCAUUCGAUCGAAGACGACAUAACCGAUACCUUAACCGCAGACGCAAACAUGUCACAACCUGGCCUGCAGGAACUGCCUACUGGCUUCCCUCUGGACAUGAAAACAGACUCGGUAGCUUCCACCGCGUUCAUCGGCAAACGCAUUCCUCGGAAACAAACAGAUGGAAAAGGUCUUACACUACAAGAGGUUCUCGCACAAGAAGGCAUGCAGCUGAUCGAAUGGGAUGGAAAGUGA